AAUGACAUUUGUCAAGUAAACUCCAGAACCAAACAACAAUCCGUUCGCGAAAUUCGCAGUGCCAACGGUUCGAGAUCAGUGCGAUGAAAUGUCGUUCCGUUCGCGCGUCCUGAACCUUGUGGAGGUGGUGUUGCGAGUGCCGCCCCUCUUUGUGAUCGACGAAAUUUUGAAAAUCGGUCUCGGCCUGUCCGAACUGUCCGAGCACGAUUUGUCCACGAUCAACGAACAGUACGACAAAGUCGUCGAGCACAAUGUUUACAAUUACACGACCAACAUGCCAGACGAUCCGGCACUCUACAGGUUCAUAUUUGUCGCGCUGGUCCGAUUGCUCUUCAGUGCCAUCGGAUGUGCAGCAGGAAUAUGUCUGUUUAUGCUGAGCACCAAGCACCUGAUGGUCGUGUACAUGUACCUGAUGUCAAUAAUCGUCGCCUACAUGUCGUACUACGUAAACCAAUCGACGAUAGAGUGGGCGAUACGAUCGACCGCAUCGCCGGGCGACUACGCCGUUUACGUGACCGAACAUUUGCCGACCCUCGUCCGGACGCACUUGCUCCAAGGCCUGCUCGCCUUCAUCUUCGUCAACGUUCAUCUCGGACCGCGCUUCCGUCUCACAGAGAGGAUACUGCCCUUCACGUUCAUGCUGCCGGGCGGCGUCGCCAUGAUGCCGCUUCCCAACCAGAUACUGCAAAUAGCACCGCUGCUUUCGGCCCUACUGCCUUGGUACCUCAUCAACGUCGUGCUGUUCACGUCGAUUCUGAGCGUAAUACACUCGAUCUAUUCGGGCUAUCUUCAGGCGAGAAACUUCGUCUCCAACUUCGGCAUAUCGGCGAUGGUGGAGAGCGAAUGGUUGCGCCUGAACGUACCGGAGGUCCUGAGGACGUUCUGGAUGUUGCGCGUGCUCGAGCACGCCGGGAUAUUCUUCAUAUCCGGCUACUGGGACCAGGAUGACGGCAACUCGCCCUACUUCCGGCUGAUGAAGUAUCUAAUGGUGACCGGGUGCGACACACUCACCGCCGUCCUGGGCAUCACGAGCAUCGUGUCCUACAUUUGCAACUACAUCGGGAAAUUUUUCCAGUGGAUACUCCUGACCGACGACGAGAACGACAAGAACUUCGGCACGGUCUCGGCGAUCGUCUUCUACAUACUGGCGUUACAGACUGGCCUGACCAGUCUGGAGCCCGAACUGAGGUUCGUCAGACUGUGCCGGAAUUUCUGUCUGCUGUUCACAGCCCUGCUGCACUUCACUCACAACGUGGUCAAUCCGUUGCUGAUGAGUCUGAGCGCCUCCCACAAUCCGUCGCUGCGACGACACUUGCACGCGUUGGCUGUGUGCGCCGCUCUGGUCGUCCUGCCGAUCGUCUUGAUGCGCUACCUGUGGUCCACGCAGGAAACGUCGACGUGGCUGUUGGCCGUCACCGCCUUCAGCACGGAAGUCAUAGUCAAGGUGUUCGUCUCCCUGUCCAUCUACACGCUGUUCCUGUUGGACGCGAUAAGAGAGACGUUCUGGGAGAAGCUGGACGACUACAUCUACUACAUCAGAGCGUUCGGCAACACGGUCGAGUUCUGCUUUGGCAUCUUCCUAUUCUUCAACGGCGCCUGGAUAUUGCUGUUCGAGAGCGGUAGCGCGAUCCGUGCGGUCAUGAUGUGCAUACACGCCUACUUUAACAUUUGGUGCGACGCCAAGGCCGGAUGGUCCGUUUUCAUGAAACGGAGGACGGCCGUCAACAAGAUCGAGAGCCUGCCCGAAGCUGACAAGGAGCAGCUGAGGCAGCUCGAAGAUGUGUGCGCCAUCUGUUACCAAGAGAUGCAGUCGGCGAAGAUCACGAAGUGCAAGCACUUUUUCCAUGGCGUGUGCCUGAGGAAAUGGCUGUACGUGCAGGACAGGUGUCCGCUGUGCCACGAAAUUCUGCACAGCGUGGAUGACAAAGACAAUAGGACAAGUGCAGAAUUACCGCCUGCAGAAAAUAACGACGAAAGGUGACUUAUCUAUUUAAUUUAUGCUAAAUAUUUAUUGUGAUCUAGGAUAAUUAUUCUCUGGAGAGAACAUAAAAAAGUUAUUAAAAACGGAAAGAUUCUAAUGCACAUGUAUACUGUAAAUUUUAUUGACUUUGAAAGCCAUUUUCGAAUGGUUGGAAUAUUAUUUUUUAUUGGUAGGAAUGAAUUUUCUGAUGUAAUUAUUGAUUGUAAGGAUAAACUUUAUUUUUAUAUUUAUAUUGUACAUAUUUGUUUUUUUGUGAUUUUUGUUUUGGUUUGUAUAUUUUCAAAGUCAAUAUGGUAUAGUCAACAGUCUCUUUGUUAUGUAAUUUAUUUAGAUUAAUAUUCUAAGUUUAUGAUGACAAUGUUUAAUAAAAAACAAUACACAUUAUGUAGUUUUAAUGGAGAGAACUUGUAAAUUAUUUAUGGUGUAAAUAUGGAACAAUAAUCAUUAACAUUAGAUGUAAAAUAUUUACAAUUCAUCAAGAACCUACCAAUGAAUAUUAAAAAAAGUACUGUUUUGUCACUUUUUUUUAAUAGUCAUCAAAAAUGUACUAUUUGUUGUGAACACGAACAAAACUAGGUAUGUUAAUUUUUGUUUAUACAUUGUAUUUAUAAUUUAACAUGCCAAAAGCACUAUUUUUUGUUGUUGGCAGUUGUUUAGUUGGAUAAGAAAGUUGUAACUAUAUAUAUUUUAUAUUAGAUUGUAUAUUUGAAUAAAAUUGCAAAUUGACAUUUUAUGUGAAAUAAUUCAUGAACAAUAGACGCUGUUUUAAAAAAAUAAAACAACUUGUGAAUUGAAAAUAA